GAGCUCAUGUUAUUCACAGCACAGAGGUCUUAGAUUUUUACAUUAAAACUGCAACAGCGAAAGCACACAUCAUCAUGGCAGUCCAACUGUUCAAGAAGAUGGCAUUUUCUUCAGUAUAUCAAAAAUAUAUGGUUCCGGUCUCCAACGAAGUCAUUAAUAUUCUUUUGUCCUAUGUGAAAGCAAAAACAAAUGAGCAGCCUCUUGAAAUGCUGGUGGAUGUUGGCUGUGGGACUGGACGCUACACUUUACCUCUAGCUCCUCACUUCAAGAAGGUCCUGGGAAUAGACAUGAGUGAAUCCCAAAUAAAUGUGGCUAAACAAAAUACGUUGGCAAACAAUGUGUCAUACAUGGUGGCUUCAGCAGAGAAGAUACCUGUGAAGAAUGAUUCUGUGGACCUGGUGCAUGCCGGACUUGCUGCACAUUGGUUCACAAUAGAUAAGUUUCUGAAUGAGUCAGUUUGA